AUGCCAGGCAUUGGAUUGAUGAUGGCCAAAGCCCUAGCAGCCAAUGGCGCCCACCGCAUCUACCUCGUAGGCCGCCGUCCAGACGUCCUCCACUCGGCCGCCAAAAGCAUCAACCCAGAAACCGUCAUCCCGCUACCCGGCGAUGUCACCUCACGCGAAUCUCUUCUCUCAAUCGCAAAGCACGUCGAGACCGAGACAGGCUACAUCAACCUCCUAAUCUGCAACGCAGGCAUCAUGGGCCCGAAGCCGCUCAAAGCAGCACCAGGAUGCGCCGCGCCGUCAGUCGCAGAGUACGCAGCACACGCGCUCGAAACGCCCAUGACCGACUUUACCAACACGUAUGCGGUGAACAACACGGCGGCACAGAUACAAUUCCUCGCCGAACCCUUCCACCGCAUGUUCUUCCUCGACAACCUCGCCAUCAACUACCCCCACGCAGAACACGAACGCGUCCCCGUCUCCUGGCUCUUCAUCUACGCCGGCGCCGUGCCCCUUGGCGUCCUCAUCGCCUGGGCCCUUGUCCUGCGCCCCGGAACGCACAAAGCGCACGUUACAAUCCUCGGCUGGUUCAUCAGCAUGAUCCUCACCAUGUUCAUCACGGACGUGAUCAAGAAUGCCGUUGGUCGCCCCCGCCCCGAUCUCAUCGCUCGAUGCAAACCCGCUCCUGGCACGCCGGCACACCAACUCGUCACCUUUGACGUCUGCACCGAAACGAAUCAUCACGUUUUACACGACGGGUGGCGCAGUUUCCCCAGCGGACAUAGCAGUUUCUCCUUCAGCGGCCUCGGCUACCUCGCCCUCUUCAUCGCAGGCCAAUGCCACGUCUACCGCCCACGCGCCGAUCUCGCUCGCGUCCUCCUCGCCCUCGCGCCCCUGCUUGGCGCAGCGCUUAUUGCGAUUUCGCGUUGUGAAGACUAUAGGCAUGAUGUUUAUGACGUUAGUGUUGGGUCCGUGUUGGGUAUGGCUGUGGCGCAUUAUACGUAUAGGAGGUAUUAUCCUGCGCUGAGGAAUCGAGGGUGUGCGGAGCCGUUUCCUAAUCCCGCGGAUGAGAAGGGCUGGGGGAAGGUUAAGGGGGAUGAGGAGAGUUUGAGGAAUGCGGAGGAGUUUGAACUGAGUGAUCUGGAGGAGGGGGAUGAGGAGGGGAGGAUGCUGAAUGGGCGGCGGUGA